AUGCCACCCAAAGGUGAGACAUGGAGUGCAAUCCCGCUAUUGAAGCAGAAUCGAUCUGUGCUGACCACCGAAAAUGCACAAAGAUACACGGAUCUCCUCCUCCAACACCACGCAGCUCUCACAGCAGGGCUGAUCGAGCUAUACUCACGCUCACUGGAGGGCCACAAAUGGGCGGGCCCACCCGUGGAAGAAAUCAAUGGAACUCCCAGCGUGCACCGAAUCCUGGAGGAGCUCGGGGUGAUUGAAGGAGAGGACGAAGUCGGCGAGACGACAGACACCAAACCAGGCAGCUUCCCUUACCCUGCAUGCCGUGAACCCGUUGCUCCCCUCAGGCUGAGGACCACGAACAAUAACAAUCACAGUAAUCUCACUCCCGGGCCGAAGAUCAAGAAGCUCCUCCCUAUCCUGCAGCUACAGGUACCGCCGGAGGGAAAAGACAAGAAGCCGAAGACAGCGCCACCGCAGCAGACCCGUUCGCCGCUGUCGACCGCGUCGACCGCGUCCACGUAUGCGAACAUUGCCUCGACGAAGAACUCAUACUCACCCAUGAGACGAGGAACGACGCAAUGCAUUGCAUCGCCCCCGGGUUCAGGAGGACUGCUAUCCUCACGUCGCAGCUCGGGAGGCGGAGCCAGCACCAGCAACACCAGCACGUUCACGCCAGGACCAUGGGACUCGCCUGAAUUCGGCGACGAGCUUUUCACAACGCCCGUGCCCUCGCCGACAUGCAGCUCGCCGCCCCAGCAGGACUACCCAUAUGAACAGCAGCAGCAGCAGCAGCAGCAGCAGCAGCGGGUGGAGGCCAUCUACGGCAAACAACAACCAGGAACAGCAGCAGUGCCAGGGGGCUUGCGGGCCACAUCAGCCGCAGCAGCAGUAGAUUUCGACUUCCCAUCCAGCGAGAUGUACAUGCGCGAACCACUCGUGCCAUCCUCGCUGGGCAGCCUGGGCGGCAUAGGCUUCCCCUCGACUGCGACGGCUGCUAACACGGCCACCAUCGAUGCGGAGACGUGCAGCGCAUCCGGGUACUUCUACGACGCGACGACUUGUGGCAUGGGCUCCGGCUCCGGCUCCGGCUCCGGUGCCUAUGGUGGUGGAUGGGACUACAGCACGGCGAACAGUAACUCUCUUGGCUAUCAGGACUUCGGCGGUAUGGAAUACAGUUCCUGGGACUCGGGUGUCUUCGUCUGA